AUGGGCCGGGUGUACUACUACAACCGUGCGACUGGCGAGUCGACGUGGUCCAACCCAGCGCUGGCCAAAGCAGAAGCGCGCGGGACAAAGGAGCCAGGGGUCGGUUUGAUCCCGGGCACCAAGGAUCCAGAGGAGCCAAAGCCAGCUCCCAUCUCUUCCCCUGCAGCCAAAGCUGCUGCCGAGCCUAAGACGACGACAGCCGCACCAAAGCGUGUGGAGUCGGUGAGUGACCAGCCCGAACUGUCAGCUUUGAUCGUCUUCGACGAUGCUGCCGCUUUGGGUUUCGCGGACAUCGCGCGGGAGCUGUUGUGGAGCAGUGGCUGCGCCAUUCUCUUGGACAGACCCUGCUCCCUGGAUGCUGCCACACUUCGCUUGCUUUUGGGCUGCCCGGUGAGGGGGCGUGCGAAGCCAGACAGUAUUGAGGCCUCUUUACAGCUGUGGCUGGACCACCUCAAGGGCCAGCACCACGUCUUCGUGGUGCGUCGCUCGGGUGCCGUGGCCCUCUUGCUGCAGUUGUGCUUCGGGCCCGAGCUGCGGCGCCAGCCCCGCAAGGCGGCCUCUCAUGGGCCCCUGUCCUCCACGUGGCCCUUCCUCCACUUGGAGGAGGAUCUGAGACCCUGGCCCCCGCCUCUCUUCCCAUGCUUGCAGUCCCUGCUCUCCGUGACCCCGCCCAGCCACCUCGGCGGGGAGGAGCCAGACGCAGCAGAGGCGAGGAAGCCCAUUUCGGCCCCCGUCGUUGCCGCUGCAUGCCACUCGCGCGCCCAUGCUGCGGCCGUGGUCGGGCGCCUUGCCAGGGAGCUGCUUCAGAGCCAGGAGGUUGUGCUGGUGAUGCGCGGAUCUGCAGAUGAGUCCGAUUUCCGCGCGGCGCGGAAGGCGUUGACGGAGGCUCCGCUAGGCUUUGUGGAGCUGCUUUGCACCACCGACCCGGCGGUCAUAGGGCAGAUAGCCACGUCUUCGCGGCCAUCCAUGUCGCCGCCGGUGCUGCCUAUAGCCGCUCUCCGGGAAGGACUCGGGUACUCCGAGAGCAACACCGCCGCCUGGCUGUGCGACAAGAGUUCCGAUGGCACUCCACAAGGCUUGGCCAGGGUUGCUUUGUUCUCCAGAGUUGCCGGGGCCUGUGAAGUCCAGGCCUUCGCCACUCUGUUACGCCGGACUGCGCGCGGCCUGGCGGCCGAGGAUGACGGCUUCGCCUGCGCCCUCUUCGAGGCAUACAAAGCCCUCGAGCAGAAAGGGGCCAUCCUCGUGUGGCAACCCUACGACAUCGAUCUGACCGUGACAAGCCUGUGGCCUGACGCUGCCGCGCCAAGAGCUCCAGAGCAAGGUGUGGCCAGGGUGCUGGUGGACCGCUCCCUGCGCUUAGCAGACCCAGACUUCGGCAUGGGCCGCCUGCUGGGGACCCUUCCGGAGGGGAGGCCAAGAACGGCCAUGGCCACAUGGUCGGCAGAUGUGGUACUCUCUUGCGGCGAGCGUGGCGAGUUCAUGGUGGCAGAUCGGAGGUUGCGGAGCGAGGUGCUCGAGGCCGACGGCGAGUCGGUCUCGGCGCUGGCCAUGACGCAGCGUGCGCUCCGCCUCCUUUUCUUCACCUGUGCCUGCCGUGGGCAGGGCCCCGAACCAUUCCGCUUCUCCGUUCUGCAGUUCCCUCGUAACCUCGCGCCCGAGGACACGCCCUGGGCCACCGUCACGAUCCGCGACAGUGUGCCUUGGAGGAGCCUCCAUCGGCACCCUGAGGUGUACCAACCACUGCCGCGACUCCGUGCCGUGAAGCUAAGCAUGGCAGAGCUCAAGGCGCUGCGCUUGGAAGGAGCCAUCGUGGGCGAAGACUUGGCGGGCGGCCAGGUGUCAAAAGGUUGGCAGCUGUGCCCAGGCGCCGACUUGCCCACAGCUGUGCCGACCGCGACUUUCGCAGCGGGACUCCUCGGGGUGGAUUCAGAUGCACUGAAGUCACCAGAAGACUCUGAAGUGCCACAAGGGCUGGCCCAGCUGAUAAGCCGCAGCAAGGAGGAGUCCGCCACCCUCAUCUUCGACACCGCGACCCCAAGCGAGCUGAAGGUAAAGGUGCCCACCAAGCGGGCGUUGACUGCCGACCUCUGCUUCCAGGCGCGUGGUGAGCAAGACUUCCUAGCGGAAAGCUUGGAGGUGCCCCGGCGGGCGCACAUGCAGACAGAAGCCAUGCUACUGGGUGCAAGCCUUGCACGCUUGGCCAUCCAGAAUGAGGUUGCGCCGUUGGAGUGGGUGGAUGCCGCCACUGCCCUGGGGCAGGCGGAGCAGGUCCUUCACGGCUGCUCGAGGAGCUUGCAGCAGCUUUACUGUAAGGAGAUGCCAGCCUGGCUCAAGGAGCCAGCGCCGACGAAGAGGCCUCGUUGCCGCACUCUUUGCAAUGAGGCGGUUGGUGACGUGGUCGAAGCAUGGCGUCUCCUCUCCUCUGAGAGCCCGGUCGUAGACCUUGGGGAGUACUUCACCGAUCAGUUCCUGUCCUUGAGCCACGGCUCGCUCAUGUCGACACAGCCCUCGAGCUACCUCAGUGCCGAGGGGCCCUUGUUGGCGAGUCAGGUGCUGGUCAACUACAGCAGCGGUGCUCUGCCUGCGGUUCGCAUUUGGGGAGUGCUGCCCGUCCUCUCCAAGCCCGGCCGCUUCGCAGCCCAAAUGUGGAACAUGCUCCGCUUGGACCAGAGCCUGCGAAGCUUCGGGCAGGCUUUUCCCGCCUUGACUGAUGGCUUCCUCCAUUGCUACCUCAAGGAAGCGCCCGGGGGUGCCUCCGCAGCAGCGGUCCGCCUGCGCCUUCAUUCCGUGCUCUUGCUCUUGGAGCUCAUCGAGCUACGGCGGGAGAUCAUCCGUUUAGGUGUCAAGGAUCCUUACACGCAGCUGCCUACAGAGGCAGCGCUGCGCGAGUCUCUUCGGCAGGAAGUGCUCCAAGCAGUGGCAGCCUACAAGAGCCAGUCUGCGCCGUCUCAGCAGGGCGCAAAAAGUGAAGUGGCGCACUGA